UCAGGCGCCAGUGUGCUAGUGGUUUAGAGCUUCAACUUUAGCCUGAUUCAGGGCAUCUGAGAACUCUGAGCCCCGGUGCUCUGCCUCUGAGUUUCUGUAUAAUGCCCUCUAAAUUCCAGAGAAUUUUUUCAGCACUAUGGCUCCCUGGGGUCCUGUCUCUAUUGUGGUGCCCACCUGUCCUGUGUGGUUGCAAUUUUCCACCUAGCAUUGCCCACGGACGUCACAAACGAGUUAUUUCAUACAAUUUCUUCAAAUAUGAGAUUGCAUAUGAAUGUGAUAAAGGAUACCGACUGGUUGGACCAGCAAAACUCUCCUGCAGUUCUUCUCGGUGGUCACCGGAAGCCCCUCAGUGUAAAGCUCUCUGUUUGAAACCAGAGAUUGAAAAUGGGAAGCUGUCUGUGGAUAAGAAUCAGUUUCUUGAAAUGGAAAGUGUCACCAUCCAGUGUGACUCUGGCUUUCGAGUGGUGGGUAGCCCAAGGAUCACCUGCUCACAAAACAGAACCUGGCACCCGGAGGUGCCUGAGUGUGAGUGGGAGGUCCCUGAAGGCUGCGAGCAAGUACUUUCUGGCAGAAAACUCAUGCAGCGUCUCCCAAGCCCAGAGGAUGUGAAAGUGGCCCUGGAAAUGUAUAAGCUGUCUCUGGAGACGGAACUACUAGAGUUACAGAGACACAAAGCAAGACAAUCUGUUCUGGAGACACCGCUGUAAUUUUCCCAAAAUAAAUAGAAAAAAAGAUGGCUGACUGGCUUGCUGCCUGUCAGUUCAAUGUGAAUCACUUCAGUUUAGCAAUCCUACUAUGUCUUUGACACCAAUAUUCAAGAAAUUAAAUAUUCUUAUAUCAGAA